ACAGAGUUUGUUGCAACGAUUAACAAAUUUGUAAAGAAUUUGAUAACGUCCAACAAACAUAUAAAAUUACCACCCGUCAGUUUGCACUUCUAGAUCUUCAAUUGUAACAAUAAAAUUUGAAAUGUGUAUACAAUUAUAACACUUAAAUAUGACUAAAAAACUGUUUUGACCAAUUCGAGGUUAUAAUAGGUUAUCUAUAACGCAUUGAAACGGUAAAGUGGUUUCUAACCUAUAUAAAUAAAGUGUGAAAAACAUUUCCCAUUAUAAAUAUAAAAUUUUUAAAGUUUCUAAUACUCGAUAUGUGUUUUAAAGAAAACUCUUAAUGUUGAAGGUACCAUUUAGAACCUUCUUAAGAAGAAGAACCACAUUUCCGAAGAGAUUUCAAAGUACGAAUUCCAUUUCGACUCCAGCAACGACUACAAACAUUCCUUCACAACCUCCGUCGAGAUUCUCAAAACCGACUGGCCCGUCUCGUAGAAUAUACAAGACGAGAACAACUACUAUUAAAUCAUUAGAAAGUCAAGAAACUUCUACAACGACCAAACCCAAUACGGAUGUUUCUUCCGGUUUCGUACGAAGACCUUUUAUACGUCGACCGACAAGACCUACAACAACAACGAAACCUUUCGGUUUAGUAGCAAAUUCAGACCAAAAAACAUCACAUGGUUUGGAUCCUACUAAUGAACCGAUAGAAGUUAAAAAUUCGAUUCGUACAAACACGCCAAAUACAUCUCUAGUACUCCCGCCAAUCCAGUAUAAUUCAAUCGAUGCUACGAGACCCGAUUACCUCUUAUUCGAUGACGUUAUGAGUACUACCGUUCAGCCUAGAAGAAGUACCGUCACGCCAACUCACCAUUCCUCGACAACCACUCGACCUAAAUUGUACCAUACCUCGAGAAUUCGUCCAGCUAUAAAGCAUACAAUAGCUAAUACAAGUCCAUACCAAACAGAUUUAUUCGGCAAAAUUCAUCGUCCGAAUCUUGAAAGCGACAGUUUAUAUCCCAGUGUCUUAAUGGAUCAAUUACCAGCUCAAACCAAAGUUUUGUUACACGGUAACGGGUUAAUAGAAUGUUUAGACCAAGGAAACUUCCCCCACCCUGCUUCCUGCAAGAAGUUCAUAUCAUGUUCUAAAAUGGAAAACGGAAAAAUGAUCGGAUGGGAAUAUACGUGUCCGAGAAAUUUGAGCUUCGAUCCCAUUGGAGGUAUUUGUAAUUGGUCUACUGAUGUGUUAUGUGAUGUUAAUUAAUUCAUGUAUUAAAAUAAAUUAUGUGAAUCAUUUUUAUGGUCUCAAUAUUUAUAUUUGUAAGAAUAAUAAAUUUACUCAACAUAUAUUUGUUUUAUUUUAAGAAUCCUAUUUUCUUAAACUUAUCUAGUAUUAGGUACACGAUCACGACCUCGUGAUCACAAUCGCUGAUUUCGUCAGUCCAUUUGUCAUAAUAGCCGCGUGAACACAUGUUUUUAUGACUGUCACUUUAGCUUCACGUUGGUAUUAAUUUUGUACGUUUAUGCCACAGAACAUACCUUAAGGGUAUAUCUUGUGGUUUAUUCUGGAUAUUUUACAACACUAGUAAC